CUCCUUUCAUUCUCUCCCUCAAAGCCAUCGUCUUCCCAUUAAAAAAAAAAACAAAAACAAAAACAUAAAAACAUUUCCGACCAGCUGUGCCUACCGAAAGCGGAGAAAUUAAUACAAGGGGAAGGAGGGCGAAGCCAAAACCCUACAGCUGGUACAGACAGCUUUGGAAGUUCAAACAAACAAACAAAGAGUAGAUAGCUAGAGAUAAUAAUGGCGAUGGGGAAUAAGAGACACAGUCAACCCCAAUCCAGCUCCUCAUCGAUAUCCCCAUCCAAGCCCAAGAACAACAAGUCUAACCUCAUCUCCAGAAAGAAGACCAAGAAGAAGGAAGAGAACCUCCUCCACCUUCAACAACAGCAGCAACUAAACCGUGACGAUCACCGUCCGAUCCUGCGGCCGAAGGUGUACAUCACGGAUAUCUCCAACUUCAAGACGCUUGUCCAGGAGCUCACCGGCAACGGAGCUCCCGUCGCCGCACAGCGGGAGCCCUCUCCGUCAUCGGAACGUGAAACUUAUUAUUAUCCCGAGUUCAAACGUUCGGACAGCGUAGAGACGGCUACGUCAGUGGAUGGGUCGUCAGUUGAAUCCAGCGGGACGCCGUCGUUUAACCAGGAAGAGAUGAACGGCUUCCAGCCCUACGGUUACUACGAUCAGCUGGGGUUGUAUAGUUUGGAGGAGGACACCACGACGUCGGAUGAUAUGCUGGCUGAUCUGGAGGCUUUGCUGGCAGAUAUGGAUCAACAUCAGUUCCCUCUUGUGUUUGACGCCAAUUAUUCUUCAUCGGAACCUCAUCAUAAUAUUCAUCAGCAGGAAGCUGAUCUCAGCAUCUACGACUAUGAUUUUACCGGGAUCGUAUGCUGAGAGGCAGGGAAGGCGCAGGAUUACUACUGCAUCAUUUGAAGUCAAAGAUUGAAUAUAUAAAGCUGCUCGAU